AGCCUUGUCGUGACGUCAUGGUCAUGUGACCUCAUCUUUGUCAGUGAGCAAAAUGGUGUCCUACAGUCUCCUAGCUAGCCGGUUACAGCACGCACUAGGCCAUGGAGCCCGCAGAUACCAUGUUUCUGCUGCUCUGUGCCAGAGAGCGAAGGUAUCUAUGAGUCACUUUGAGCCCAACGAAUAUGUCAGCUAUGAAAAACUGGAGAAAAACAUCAAGAUUGUACAGAAGCGCUUGGACCGUCCUCUCACGUUAUCUGAGAAAAUAGUCUACGGUCACCUUGAUGACCCAGUCAAGCAAGAGAUAGUUCGUGGUAAAGCCUAUCUGCGUCUACGGCCUGACCGGGUGGCCAUGCAAGAUGCAACUGCCCAAAUGGCCAUGUUGCAAUUCAUUAGCAGUGGGCUACCCAAGGUAGCGGUGCCUUCCACCAUCCACUGUGAUCACCUGAUUGAGGCCCAGCUCGGAGGUGAAAAGGAUCUCAAGAGAGCUAAGGAUACAAACAAAGAAGUGUAUGACUUCUUGGCUACGGCUGCUGCCAAGUAUGGUGUUGGUUUCUGGAAACCAGGCUCCGGCAUUAUCCAUCAGAUCAUUCUAGAGAACUAUGCCUACCCUGGAGUUCUUCUGAUCGGUACGGACUCUCACACUCCCAAUGGAGGAGGUUUGGGAGGUAUCUGCAUUGGUGUGGGUGGAGCUGAUGCUGUAGAUGUUAUGGCUGGAAUACCUUGGGAGCUUAAAUGCCCAAAGGUAAUUGGUGUGAAGUUGACGGGCAAGUUGUCUGGCUGGACUUCCCCUAAAGAUGUCAUACUGAAAGUGGCGGGAAUCUUGACAGUAAAGGGUGGCACAGGAGCCAUUGUAGAGUAUACUGGACCCGGGGUGGACUCUAUCUCCUGCACAGGAAUGGCCACCAUCUGUAACAUGGGAGCUGAAAUUGGAGCCACAACCUCAGUGUUCCCAUAUGGGCAGCGCAUGAAAAAAUACCUAGAGAAGACUGGGCGAGCAGAGAUUGCAUCUCUGGCAGAUGAGUUCAAAAGUAACUUGGUACCUGACGAGGGGUGUGAAUACGAUCAGGUGAUUGAAAUUAACCUUGAUGAGCUGAAACCACACAUCAAUGGUCCGUUUACUCCUGAUCUUGCUAACCCAGUGUCAGAGGUAGGAGCCAUUGCAGAACAAAAGGGCUGGCCUCUGGAUAUCAGAGUUGGUCUCAUUGGAAGCUGCACUAAUUCAAGUUAUGAAGAUAUGGGACGAGCUGCAGCUGUGGCCAAACAGGCUCUGGCACAUGGUCUCAAAUGCAAGUCUCUAUUUACCAUUACCCCAGGAUCUGAACAAAUCCGUGCCACCAUAGAGAGAGAUGGUUAUUCAGCAGUUCUGCGUGAUGUGGGAGGUGUUGUACUUGCAAACGCCUGUGGACCUUGCAUUGGACAGUGGGACAGGAAGGAUAUUAAAAAGGGCGAGAAGAACACAAUUGUUACGUCCUAUAACAGGAACUUCACGGGGAGGAAUGAUGCCAACCCAGAGACUCAUGCCUUUGUCACAUCACCUGAGAUUGUCACGGCCUUAUCAAUUGCUGGAACCUUGAAGUUUGACCCAGAGAAGGAUUUUCUCACUGGUGCAGAUGGUCAAAAAUUCAAGCUGGAGCCUCCAGAUGCUGAUGAGCUGCCCAAAUCAAGCUUUGACCCUGGCCAAGAUACCUACCAGUACCCACCCAAAAAAGGGAGCAGCCAGGCAGUGGAAGUCAAUCCCUCCAGUCAACGCCUGCAGUUACUGGAACCUUUCGAUAAGUGGGAUGGAAAGGACCUGGAGAACAUGCAGAUUCUCAUAAAGGUCAAGGGAAAGUGUACAACUGACCACAUCUCUGCAGCUGGUCCCUGGCUGAAGUUCAGGGGACACUUGGAUAACAUUUCAAACAACCUUCUCAUUGGCGCCAUCAACAUAGAGAAUGAGAAAGCUAAUUGUGUGAAGAAUUGCAUGACACAGGAGUAUGGAGCUGUGCCAGACACUGCUCGCUAUUACAAGGCACAUGGACUUAAAUGGGUGGUGAUUGGAGAUGAGAACUACGGGGAGGGAUCAAGCAGAGAACACGCAGCGUUGGAACCACGGCAUUUAGGGGGCAGAGCAAUCAUCACAAAGAGCUUUGCUAGAAUUCAUGAAACAAAUCUGAAGAAGCAGGGACUUCUGCCUCUCACAUUUUCUGAUCCAGCCGACUAUGAUAAGAUUCAUCCCGAGGACAAGAUUUCAAUUGUUGGACUGAAGGACCUUGCACCAGGAAAGCCCCUUAAAUGUGUAAUCACUCAUCAAAAUGGCAGCCAAGAGAACAUAAUGCUGAAUCACACUUUCAACGAGACACAGAUUGAAUGGUUCCAGGCCGGCAGUGCUCUUAACCGCAUGAAAGAGCUUCAGAAAUAAGAACACCACAUUUGGAUCUUUGUUUUUGCGAUUAACAUAGCACUCAUUCCCAGAAAUAUCCGCUAUUGUCGUAACAACUUCUGGCUAGAGCACUUAAAAUUCCCCAACCGUCCUUGGGUUCAUAAAGAAAAAUAAUUAUCUGUGUAUAUUUUUAAAGACCUAAUGUUGCCUCUGCUCCUAAAUGAUAACGCCUUCCAUCAGUUGAUUUCCAUUAUUUUUGUAUUUAUUGCCCGUUUCUGUGGAAGCUGACCUUGCUAAAUUAUACUUCAGUCUGAGAAGGGUAAAAUAAAAAAUGCUGCAUUAUAAAAAUGGACACUAAGUGGGGAAACUAUAACUUGGCCUUAUGUGCAGGUUAGGUUUUGAAUGUGUCCUACCCACUUGUCAGUGAUCAUCAGUUCCAAGGAUAUUUGGGGCUUUAUUCCUGCAACCUCUUGUUCUCCAAUGUCAAUGAAUCUGCUUUGCAUUCAGCUUCAAAUUACCUUUUUGGUAUACAAAGGGACAUGGCAAAAUGUGUGUGCAAACUAAUUUUGGUAUACAUAUAAAAGCAAGUUUAUAUAAACCCAUUGGUGGUGCCCUUUGAAAGAAAAAGAUCUGUGAACUAACUAAUCAAAAUAAAAUUUCUGUGAAUGGAUA